GGAAGGUUUGUGUCAAUGUUUUGGACACUGAUACACAGGUGGAAAAAGGCACUAAUCUUAUUUCAUCUUUCUCAUCUCAGUGUGACCAAAGCUAAUAAGGAACCGAUUCAGAAGGAAGAGACUGUGGACGAAGAUGAAGAUGAGGAGGAAGAGGAGGAAGAUGAGGACGAGUACAACUAUGUCUACGGGGAUGAAGAGACAAAUAUUAAUGCAGAGGAGGAAAAAGAAGAGAAAGAAGAAGAAAGCAGCAACCAACCAAAGAAAAUCAAACAGAACCAAAUCUCUCUUCGUAAGAACGACUUUCAUCCUGUGGCCUGGUCCGACGAUGUGGACGUCUACUUCGAAACGCCGGCGGACGACAAGGAGCACGGCCGCUUCCAGAAAGCCAAGGAGCAGCUGGAGGUCCGGCACCGGAACCGCAUGGAGCGGGUAAGGAAAGAGUGGGAAGAGGCGGAUCGACAGGCCAGGAACAUUCCCCGUGCGGAGAGACAGACUCUGGUCCAGCACUUCCAGGCGAUGGUGGAGUCUCUGGAGGAGGAGGCAGCCAGCGAGAAGCAGCAGCUGGUGGAGACUCACCUGGCCCGGGUGGAGGCCAUGCUGAACGACCGCCGCCGCGUCGCCCUGGAGAACUACCUGGCCGCGCUGCAGGCCGACCCCCCCAGGCCCCACCGCAUCAUGCAGGCGCUGAAGAAGUACGUCCGAGCCGAGAACAAGGACCGGCAGCACACCGUGCGCCACUACCAGCACGUCCUGGCGGUGGACCCAGAGAAGGCCGCGCAGAUGAAGUCUCAGGUGAUGACUCACCUGCGGGUGAUCGAGGAGAGGAUGAACCAGAGUCUGUCUCUGCUCUACAAAGUUCCCUACGUGGCCGAGGAGCUGCAGGAUGAAAUCGACGACCUGCUCCAGGAGCAGAAGGCCGACAUGGACCAGUUCCUGUCCUCCAUCUCUGAAUCGCAGCCUGACGUCACCGUGUCGUCGGAGGAGAGUGUGGAAGUUCCCGUCUCCGAGGGCAAACCGUACCGACCCAUCCAGGUCACGUCUCUGGGAGCGCGCUCAGAGCCGGAAGGCGACCUAUCAGACUCCCCACGUGCCUUCAAGAAAGGCUCCGCCAUGGCUGGUCUGGACGGUCUGAUCGGCGCCGAGGAGAGAGUCAUCAACAGCAAGCCGAAGAUGGGAGAAGACCUGGUGAUUGAUGAGUCUCUGGAUGUUAACGAAGUGGUUUACAGUGCUGAGAGAGUCAGCGUUAUGCAUGGUGAUGAGCUGCCCUACCGCCCCCUGGGAGAGGACUUCAGCAUAGGGUACAGCAACACCGCGCUGAUUGGCCUGCUGGUGAUCGCCGUUGCCAUAGCAACUGUGAUUGUGAUCAGCUUGGUUCUAUUGAGGAAAAGGCAGUACGGCACCAUCAGCCAUGGCAUCGUGGAGGUGGACCCCAUGCUGACGCCAGAGGAGCGACACCUAAACAAGAUGCAGAACCACGGCUAUGAAAACCCCACCUACAAAUACCUGGAGCAGAUGCAGAUCUAACUGAGAGGGGGCGCCGUGGAGCCCACAGCUGGAACGUACUACUGACCAAUAACACAUGAUGCUAUUGUUAAAAUCCUUUGCGUACAUCCAAACUCCAUUUACUGGUUUGUUCAAAACAAUCCUUAAGUAAUGCUACUACUUCUACUACUGUUGUACUAUAGAGCUCUUUUUGAUCACGUCUGAUGUUUCUGCCAGUUUGCAAAAUAGAAAACGAUUUAUCUGUAAUUAUCAAGACAGAUCAAGAUGUAUAACAUUUCUUCUGACAUUUUUAUUAUGUGAAAAGCAAAUCAAACUAAUGUUUUUUUAGUCAUCAAACUGGCACUACAUUUAGUUUCUCCAUCAUUCAGACAUCUGAUGGGUUUCAUUAAAUAAUUGAUGUUUUAAUGUGUUAUUUUUAAUCUCAAUAGAUUGCUUGUAUAUGAAGGUUCUUUGUACCAAUCAAAAUGUUUAGUGAUUAAAAAAACACAUGGGGGGGAAAUAAAUCAUGGUUUAUUUCUUU